AGCAUAUUCGCGUGCAGGCGGCAGCGCGAGCACGGUGCCGACGCGAACAUUGGCGGAGGCGUGCGGCGUGCUAGACGUGCUGGACGCGCGCGUGCGCCGCGAGCUUCUCACGUGGUUCAUCGGCGUGCAGCUGCAGGAGUACCAGCACCUAUUCUCGGCGGAGCAGGAGUGCGCGUGGCUGACGCACAUCGAGCGGCGCUAUGCGUGGCUCAAGCGGCACCUGCUGGCCUUCGAGGACUCACUUGGCGCCGUGUUCCCGCCCGCCUGGCGCCUUAGCGAGCGCAUCGCGCACCAGUUCUGCAAGAUCACGAAAACGGAACUGAGCAAUAUCCUCGCAGCGCGGCGCAAUGAGUUAGACGUCAAGCUGCUUCUGUAUGCUGUGCAGAAGACGUAUAACUUCGAGCUGCUGCUGCAUAAGAGGUUUACUGGUACCGAUUUGGGUGCUGAAAACAUAGACCCGAGCGCACUGGACAAGCAGAGUACUUUCGACCCGGAUGCAAAAGACGCAUUCCCAGAGUCCGAAACGCCCUCAGAAGCGGGUGACUUGCCGGAGACGGGCGUGACGUCACCGUGGGUGCGCUCCAUCGGCGAAUGCUUCGAGCCGUAUCUCUCGUUGUACAUACACAGUUUGGACGCAAAUUUACGAUCAUUUAUGGACCGAUUUGUACAGGACGCCCGCUCGUCAGAAGUAGGCGCGGGGUGCGGCUCUGGCGCUGUGAUCGCGUCGUGCGGCGAGCUGUUCCUGUUCUACAAGAAGUGCCUCGUGCAGUGCGCGCGGCUCACCACCGGGGAGCCCAUGCUCGAACUGGCGACGGUGUUCCAAAAGUACCUGCGCGAGUAUGCCUCGUCAGUCCUCCAGGCGGCGCUCCCGCGGGCCUCCACUCCCGGCCUGUCCCUAGCUGCCCUGGGACCCAACGUUCCUAGUCUGGUGUCCAACCUGCAGACACUGCUGAAGGAUGAUUCGGGGAGCAACGGGGGGAAUACGAGGUACACAAAACAAGAGUUAGCGAAAAUCACAAGUGUCAUCACAACAUCGGAAUACUGUCUCGAAACCACCAUCCAUCUGGAACAGAAGCUAAAAGAAAAAGUCGCUCCAGGUCUCGCAGACAAGAUAGACCUCACGCCAGAACAAGACCUAUUCCAUAAAAUGAUCAACAACUGCAUCCAGAUGCUCGUCCAAGACCUGGAAUUAGCCUGCGAGCCAGCCCUACAGGCCAUGACGAAGAUAUCCUGGCUAAACUUCGACAACGUCGGCGACCAGAGUUCCUACGUCACCCAAAUCAUCAUGCACCUCAAAAACACCGUCCCGAACCUCCGAGACAACUUAGCAUCCUCCCGAAAGUACUUCACGCAAUUCUGCAUCCGUUUCGCCAACUCUUUCAUCCCAAAGUUUAUACAAAACAUUUACAAAUGCAAGCCUAUUUCCACAGUUGGUUCUGAACAGUUGUUGUUAGAUACGCAUAUGUUGAAAACGGCGUUGCUAGAGCUGCCAUCUAUUGGGUCAGAAGUGAAGCGGCCUGCGCCUGCGAUGUAUACCAAAGUUGUGAUCAAACUGAUGACGAAAGCUGAAAUGAUUCUGAAGCUAGUCAUGGCGCCUUUAGACGGGAAUCGAGAAGGGUUCGUGGCUCAAUUUGUGCAAUUAUUGCCGGAAUCUACCAUCGCAGAGUUCCAUAAAGUUCUAGAUAUGAAAGGCGCGAAGUUGUCCAAAACACAGCAGGCGGCCUGGGACGCCCUGUAUAAAGAAACGGCGAGAGUUCAGAGUGACGCUGCCAAGUAACUUGGCUAAAAUUAAACUUGGAUUCGAUAACUUUGCGAUGACAUUCGACUUGACUAACGGACUCAUUGAAAGUGAAUUAUUUACUACUUUUUUUAUGUCACGGGCUAAUUGAGUCUGUUAAGAGGCUUCAAAGUUGUGUACUGUCCAUUGUAUUUUUUUCUUCGCUGUUUGAGUAUUUUUAGUCUUAAUUCCUGGCAACACAGUAGUUGGGUGUGGUCUUCUUUGGACACUCCCAGUCCCAUGUAACUUUUAACAUAGCUAAUAUUAUUGAUAAUUUAGUAAAUCUACAGGCACACCUCUGUAAAUUACACAAAUUGACAGUCGUGAGCGUGUGUAUGAUAUGAUAUGGAAGCUUAUCGGGUGCUAUAUUUCUUCCUCCUAUUUAUUAAAAUUAGUAAUGACUUUCCUUGAAAUUAUGUCGCUGUACUUAAAAAUUUACAUUCCGAAAAAUUUUAUUGUCUCAUUAUCUUAUAAGUAUGUGUUGUAUUAUUUAGCUAGCUAGUGCAAUAAAUCACUUAUUUAUACUUUUGUGAAUAAAUGCUGCAAUU